AUGAGCACGCGCUUCAACGAGCUCGACCUCUCCGACAACGACAUGGACGGCGACUACGAGUACCGCCACGAGGAGGACGAGGAUGUGAUGGCAGAAGACGAGGAUGAGUACAGCGACGACGAAGACGGGGAUGUCGGUGAAGCUGAUGCUGCCGCGCUCAGUGAGAUCGCUCAAGCUAUGGUGGACUUGGAGAACGCUGCCGAUGAGGAGGACGCAGAAUCAGAUCACGAGUCGGCGGAUGGGGAUGCCUUGAUGUUGGAAGACGAGGACGAGGACGAUGACAUCGAGGUUCAGUCUGUGCCCGCCUCCUUUCUCUUUCGCCUGCUCAGAGAGGCGCGCGCGAACCGUCGUCCCAUGCGAGAGAUGCCAUCCUUCACCAAGCCACAUGCGGAGCCUCAGGAGGCCGGUGUACGACUGCUCAUGGGUGGCGAGUUCGGUCGUGUGCGCGUCAGGCACGAUAUGCGCUCUCAGAGGCACAAUGUCGCCAGGCAGUUGCUAUCCCGUAGGAGUCAAUUGCGACCUGUACCGAAGCAGGAUAUAGUUCAGGGUCUCGUACCGAAUACCAACGGUACACAUGUGGCGCACGAAGAGUCAAACAUCUACUGUGCCCAGUUCAGUGCUGACUCAUCCUUCUAUUAUACUGGUACUCAGGACUUCAAGAUUAAUGUCUACGACAUGUCCGCGCCUAUCACCCAACCGGGAAUACAACCGACUAUAGCUGAACGUAGAGGCCAUCGCCGUCGCCCAAUAGUUUCCAACGAUGCCCAGUCAGCAUUGAAACUAUCCAAAUCGAUCCAAGGCAUACCUGGCCGUUGGACAAUGACGGAUACGCAUCUCAGUCCAGAUAAUGAGCGCGUCAUAUAUUCUUCCCUUACCCCAGUCGUGUACAUGGCUACCACCCUCGAUGGUUCUGAGCAGCAGAUUCCUAUAAACUUUGAAACCUCAAGAUCGCGCGUUCCAGCUUGGGGAUACGAUGAAGAAUACUUCCGCAUCUACAGUACCCGAUUCUCCGCUGAUGGGAAGGAGAUCAUCGCUGGCGGCAGUGGUCUCAUCUGCGUAUAUGAUCUUAUGGCCAACCGACGGUCUGUCAGGAUCAAGGCUCACGAGGAUGAUAUCAACAGUUGUUGUUGGGCUGAUACAGCGUCUGGUAACGUUCUGGUCAGCGCCAGCGAUGAUACUACGCUGCGAGUCUGGGAUCGACGCUCUUUGGGCUCUUCUCAGAAGGCUUCAGGAGUCCUCAUCGGCCACACAGAGGGUAUCACCUACGUUUCAGCUAAAGGUGACGGGCGAUACGUGAUUUCCAAUGGCAAGGAUCAAACCGCUCGCUUAUGGGACCUCCGCUACAUGCGUAGCAAUCAUGACUGGGAGAAUGUAGCCGACAAGCACUACGGUAUCGAAGACUACGACUACAGGUACGGCGACUACCCGCCGCCUCGACACGAGUCGCAUCCGAUGAACUGCAGUGUUAUGGCCUUCCGUGGACACCAAGUCCUGCAGACGCUCAUCCGCUGCCAUUUCAGUCCUGCUGAGACGACCGGUAGUCAAUACAUUUACUCCGGCUCUUAUGAUGGACGUAUACACAUAUGGUCUCUUGACGGCCGGAUUGUGCAAGUGCUCGAGCGUUCGCGCUCCCUGCCAAUCAACUUCGACCCUUCAGCACCCGAGUACGGGGCAACUCAAGGCGAAGCGGAACGUAUCUGUGUUCGCGAUGUUAGCUGGCACUCCCGUGAGCCGGUCAUACACAGUGCUGCAUUCGAGAGUAGCAGAAUGGGAAGUACUGUCGCCAGGCAUGAGUGGAAGGGUCUUACCAAGACGGCGGGUGCGCUUGAGGAUUGGGUUGAGAAGGAUAGGUUGGAGAGAGCGGAGCGCCCCGCGAGGCGCAUGCCAGGGCAAUUCCUCGAUGAAGAGGAUUAG